ACCAAUCAGCAAAGACACGGGAAAAAGAUGGAAUGACGUUGCCUAGGGGCGGAGCCAAGGCAGCUUAGGGGGCGGGCGUUUGAAACCGGUGCUUCAUAGUCGACCCCAAAUAUCAUCUUUUCCCUUUGCGAACCAAUUACUUAAUCUCUCUUGCGUCUUUUCCUUUCCCGACCCCCUCCCAGACUCGUUCGCUGCGGUUCUGCGAGGACGGAGGCGCCAGGAGCCGGUCCGCGUCUCGCAAGAGAGAUGUGAGGAGAGCUUGCCAACUGACCGACCCAACGGCUCCUGCUCCUCAGUAGACCCCGCAGCCUAGGGACUAGAGUUGUCACUUAAGUGGAUAUGAAGAAGGCGCAAAUAAGUACGGGGGCAGCCACGCGCUUUCCAAAGGCAAACCAGAACAUCCCCAUAACGUGAAUACAGAGAGAAAAGAUGCAGUGCAGAGAGCAAAUGGAACUUCAAAACAAUUUAACCCUUUCAGCGAGAAGAGAAGUCUUCAGCAAUUAAUCUACAGUGAACAUUCACACAGCCAAAGUAGUUUCUGGAACCAAAAAAUGAUGGGAGACUUGGCUAAAAGAAAACGACAAACUGUUGAAAAUAAAAUCAGGUUGUUGGAUAUUCUUCCUGGAUGCCAUCUUCAAAGUCCGGUGUGUUUCUUCUGGAGACUUUUAAUCUCUAUGGAGUUUCCAGGGAUGUUCCCAGUGGAUAUUCCCUGCCAAAGCAACUGUCAGAACCAUCCAGUCUUUUGGGGUGAAGGUUCCCGUUACUAUGGUUGCCACAGAUCAGAUGAAGUCUACAUGACAACUGUUCUUUACUUGAGAGAAGCCAGAGGCCAGACUUACUGUGAAGAUUGUGUCUUAGUAACAUCCCGGAAGAGAUUCUGCUGCACCCCUGUCUGUGCACCCAGUAGCCAACAAGAGGAAAGAACCAGGUUCCAACGGGACAUAUUAGACCAAGGCUCCCUGACUGAGCUGAUGCCCUGAGUGCUGGCUCUGGGUUAGUCAGCAAGCCUAACAAAAGUUAGUCCCAUCAUAUGCACAGAGGCUGUCAGGAGAUUCGGCUCCAUCACAGCCACAGCAAGUCUUUUUUAUUUAUUUUUUAAAUCCCCUUCCUCAAUCCUGUGCCUAUAUUGGAAUUUGGUGUAUACAUUGAAGCUAUGAAGACUAAGUCCACAUGCACUCAGAAUCCAAAUUGCAGUAUAAUGAUAUUUCGUCCAACCAAAGAAGAGUUUAAUGAUUUUGACAAAUACAUUGCUUACAUGGAGUCCCAAGGGGCACACCGAGCUGGACUGGCCAAGGUCAUCCCACCAAAAGAAUGGAGGGCCAGGCAGUCUUAUGACAAUAUAAGCAACAUCUUGAUAGCAACUCCCCUGCAGCAAGUGGUCUCUGGGCAGGCAGGCGUGUUCACCCAAUACCAUAAGAAGAAGAAAGGCAUGACAGUGGGGGAGUAUCGUGAGCUGGCCAACAGCAAAAAGUACCAGACCCCGCCACACCUGGAUUUUGAAGAUUUGGAGAGAAAAUACUGGAAGAAUCGCCUGUAUGAGUCACCGAUUUAUGGUGCUGACGUCAGCGGCUCCCUGUUUGAUGGGAAGACUCAACAGUGGAAUGUGGGUCACCUGGGAACAAUUCAAGACCUAUUGGAACAGGAAUGUGGCAUAGUGAUUGAGGGUGUCAACACGCCCUACCUGUACUUUGGCAUGUGGAAGACCACCUUUGCGUGGCACACGGAGGACAUGGACCUGUACAGUAUCAACUACCUACACUUUGGGCAGCCCAAGACCUGGUAUGCUGUGCCCCCUGAGCAUGGCAGGCGCCUGGAGCGCCUGGCCAGGGAACUCUUCCCUGGCAGCUCCAAGGGCUGCCAGGCCUUCCUGAGGCACAAGGUGGCGCUCAUCUCACCCACUGUGCUUAAGGAGAAUGGCAUCCCCUUUGGCCGCAUCACCCAGGAGGCUGGGGAGUUCAUGGUCACCUUUCCCUAUGGCUACCACGCGGGCUUCAACCAUGGCUUCAACUGUGCAGAGGCCAUCAAUUUUGCCACCCCAAGAUGGAUUGACUAUGGCAAGGUGGCAUCUCAGUGCAGCUGUGGGGAGGCCAGGGUGAGUUUCUCCAUGGAUGCCUUUGUGAGGAUCUUGCAGCCUGAGCGAUAUGAACUGUGGAAACGUGGCAAAGAUCAGGCAGUUGUGGACCACACAGAGACUAUGGGACCUACCAGUCAGGAGCUCACCACCCGGUGGGUGACCAAAGCACCAAGAAAAAGUUGGGGCUUGAAGCGUUUCCGGCUUCGCCAGGUCUCACGCUCUGUUCUGCCUAUAGCAAGUAAUGUUCCUUGCAACAUGCAGGUGUGCCACACCUCCAGGCAACCAUCAGAUGUGAAAGGUGAUGAGGUCCAGAAGUCUGACUCAGCCAGAGCCCCACUACAUCCUCUGAGUCUGUCUUCUUCUGGUCACAUAUCAACUGGAAGAUGUGGUCUUGGUCGUCGUCCUUGUGAACUAGGAGUUCAGGAGUCCUCCAAUGGAGCUCCAGUCAAGAGGCGACUUCCAGCAGGCACAGAUGACACAAGCCCCAGUCCAGAGCUUCAGCCCCAGUCUGUGAGUGGAGACUUAAUAGUCAACUCAGGACUUGUGAACCCUGGCCCACAGCAUCUUAUGACAGCUUCUGAAGGGGUAUUGACCUCCGACCCCUAAACCUAUGUCCUGGUUUAUAGUUCAUUGUCUUGCACUAAGGAUGCUCCCUAAGUCCAUUACCUCAUAGUUUUGACUGAGUUUGCAGGACAUUGGCCAUACCUGAGAGAGCUCCUGGUCAGUUCUAACUCCUAAACACACCAUGCACUUCCAGAACCUGGCAAGCCUCUGGAUAACUGCUAACUCCUGCUCUUCCAGCUGAGGUUUCAUUGGCCACUACUGUCGAGUUUCUGCAAGCUAAAUUCAGCUGAGGCUGCUCAGCACUGAUCUCCCAUCCUCAAGGCCAACUCUAGAGGCAGCAGAGCAUUCACAGUUUCCUCCCCCUCUGCCAUUUCUUGCAAAAUAUCUGACUUUUGACCACUAGAUUACUCCUCACAAAGAAAGUAGUCACAAAAAAGAUUAAAACCACUUGAGAGUCUCAGAUGACCUCUCGAAGUUGAUGUCUUACACAGUGUCUCACCCAGCUUUCACAAAUAAAGCAAAGCAGCCAAAAGGUUACACCUAGACUUUAUUUCUAAUAUUGAAGUUUCAAAUAGUGGAUCACUGGGACGACACUCUGUCUCCUGAAAUGGUCAUGUCUAAUCUAGGGAAAUAAGUCAUUGUGCAGUAACAAGUUCUUUGUUUCUCCCAUACCACACUUUCAAUUUGCAUGAAAGCCAUUCAUUUUUAUUUACAAGUGUGUGAGUGUGUUGUAUGUCUGGUAGUGUGUGAGUCAGGGUGCAACUGGGGAUGUCAGAGGAUAUUGGCUAGAGUUGGUUCUCCCAUGUACCAUGUGGGGGCCCUAGAGAUCCCACUCAAUGCAAAGAGUCGGUGGCAAGCAUCUUUGCCCACUUAGCCAUCUCAUUGGCCCAAUGCCUUCUCAUUUCCUUGUGAAGCAAAUUCCUAUGGAUGUCAUGAGACACCACCCCCACAUAGCUGCCUUCUUCCCUCUAUGCCUGGACACAAAUGAACUCCUUCUAGUCCCAGGAGAACAAUCUCCAAGCUCCAUGGCAGUCUCUGGCUCGGGAUGGUUCUGCACAUAGAAUUUGGUGCUCUCACCCUGUCUUUUUCUACAGCUGGGCCUUGGAAAGGCCCCCUGUGCUGUGCAGCCUUCCAGGAUGAAGUGGCUCCAGGCCUUCUCUCUAUGUAUAUGUCUGAUAGUAACAUCUAAGGAGGGACUAAAGAUGGACCAGCAGGUUAAAGCAGUUGGCUCACAAGCCUACAGACAUAUCAACCCUCAGAACUGUGGUGGCAUGAAGAACCAUUUCCACAAAGUGACAUCCAUCCAAAACAAACACUUCCUUACACACACACACACACAUCUUCACCACCCCACACACAUAUACACCUAUGCAAAUGCUAAUAUUUAUCUGGGUAUGAGAGCUCAAGCCUUUGAUCCCAGCUCUCAGGAAGCAGAGACAGGCCCAUAUGAACGGCCCAGCCUGCUCUACAAGUAAAUUCCAUCUAAGGAUACAUAUAUCCUGUCUCAAAAAACAAAAGAAAAUGUAAGUCAAUAUUUGUUCUAAGUACACUUAAUGGGUUAAAAGAGAGGCUCAUUUUUUCUUCUGUCUACUGAGCAUCAGAGCUCUCACUAGGGACACAUGCAGAGGCAAACUUCCUGCACCUAGAUAGAGUGCUGAGGUAGAAACUAAAACUGAGCGGUCGCUGCCAAGGCCUUUGAAUUUUAGCACUGGGAAGAAGAAGCACGAGGAUUAUGAGUUGAAAUGCAAGCUGGGUUUAAAGGGUGAGCUACAUAUUAAGACUUGGGGCUUCUGAAGAAAAGAAACGAAAAUCCAAAUCCUGACCAUCAUGCAGGGUGGUUUCACAGUCUCAUAAUAGUUCUGCAAAGGAGAAAGUUAAUGUUCCAUAAAUUCCACUAAAGCAAAGGAAGGAUGCUUUUCUUUGUACAAUUCUGUUGUGCUUUUAAGACGGGAUGUCAGCUGGGUAUGGUG